CGGCCAGCCUCUGCUGUCCAAAGGCUGCAUCGAUGCUGCCAGGGUGGUCUGGAGAUGCACGCAACAUACGCUGCAGCAUGUAUGGCGCCUAACUUCCCGUGUGUAUGUUGCGCAACUCGCCUGCAGUGCACGCUUUUGGUGCUCUCUUGGCCUGAAAAUGGACUCCCGAGUCCCCAAGGAGAAACCCCAGGAAUUUCAGCCCCAGAGCAUGGGCGCGACCCGCCCGAUUCUUCUUGGUUCAUCCGGGUUCGCGUUCCCAGAUGAACCAAGAGUCGGGCGUGUCGCGCGUUUUUUCUUCAAUCCUCGAUUCUUGGCUUCUCGGAGAAUUCGUCUCGAGACACUCCACGCGCACGGGGGUUGGGGCAGUUCGCGAUGUCUGGAACGAUUCAAGCAAUGCCGGCGAGCACCCGAGCCAACGACUGGCUUACUUCUUGGCUGGCACUUCACGGUAUUCUCGAGAUACUCGACGCGUAGGGGUUGGGGGAGUUCGCGAUUUCUGGGACGACUCGAGCCAUGGCGGCGAGCACGCGAGCAGACGACUGCCUCUCAUCCAGGCUGGUACUUCACGGUAUUCACGCGACACUCGACGCGUAGUAGUGGCGGUUGAGACGAGUAGAGCAUUCCGCGAUUCUUGGGACGAGUCGAGCCAUCAUGGCGGUGAGCACGCGAGCCGACGACUGGCUCUCAUCCCAGCUGGCCAGCGACGGUCGCCGGGAGGCGGAGAUCCUGGCCGGAGGAUUGAGAGCAGUAACCACAGCCCCCAACAGCGACGUUUGCACGGAGGCGGAGAUCCUGGCCGGCAGGCUGAGAGCAGUAAUCGCCAACCCCAACAGCGACGGCCGCCGGGAGGCGGAGACACUCUUGCACGCGGUUCCAGCCCCGGCUGUUCUCGAGAAAUCGGCAGGGGUUCCCGGGCAGCGGGCGCGGCAGGGGGUCCCACACGCCCCGUUGGUCAGCGACGGCCGCAGGGAGGCGGAUAUCCUCGCCCGGGGCAGGGGCGGCUCUACGGCAGUGCGCGUGGCUGAAGCUCCAGGGCAGCGGGCGCGGCAAGGGAUAUUUGAGGCACCUCAGAAAUCGGCAGGGGUUCCCGGGCAGCGGCCGCGGCACGGGGUCCCACACGCCCUGCUGGCCAGCGACGGCCGCCGGGAGGCGGAGGUCCUGGCCCCCGCGGUUCCACUCCCGGCUGUUUUAGACAACUCUCAAAAGCACCCUGCAAAUUCCACCCAGCUGGCCAGCGACGGUCGGCGGGAGGCGGAGGUCCUGGCCCGCGCGUGGUUCCAGCUCCGCCUGUCCAUUCGCGCCCCCAAUCGCUUUCCCCCGUGGGACGCGCUGCUGAUCACCGCUGCGAGCGACGCGCAGGCUGACCUGUACUCCAGGCAGCUGGCAGCAGCGCGGCACAAUGGGCACAUUGCAGAGAAGACCAUCGUGCUGGCAGGCAGUGCCAACCCCCACACCGCCUUGGCCUCAUCCACACCCUCCUGCCCUGCCCCUGUCGCCAAUCCGCCUCUCUCCAGGCAGCUGGCAGCAGCGCGCCACAAUGGGCACAUUGCGCAGGAGACCAUCGUGCUGGGGGAGUCAUCUGCAGCCCGUCUAUCAUCCAUGCGAGUGCUGCUGGUGACUGCAGCGGGCGACAGCAAGCGGCUGCCGUGGGCCAACCCGUGUGGCAAGCCCUUUGUGUCCUUCCCCCUGCUGGCUGGAGACGACCCUGACGGACCCCCGUUGACCCUCUUUGACCACAUCCUGGCCGUCUCUUCACGCGCCCUGCUGGCUCUCCCACCCAAUAAGGGCGCUCUCUUCUGCAUGACGGGGGACGUACUCCCGUGCUUCGACGCAUCUCGCAUCUGCCUGCCGACCCACGGUGCUCUCGUUGUCACCGCUGCCGCGCCGCUAGAGGUAGCUUCCAGGCACGGAGUCAUUCUUGCCUCGGACCGAAGCAGGCACGUUGCCUCGGGCCAAAAAUCCUCGCAGUCUCACUCGAACCAGCGAUAUUCACACCUGCAGAAGCAGCAGCAGCAGGAGAAGCAGCAGCAGCAGCAGCAGCAGCAGCAGCAACAACAGCACCAGCAGCAGCAGCACCAUCACCACCAGCAGCAGCAGAAGCAGCAGCAUGGAAAGCAUUGUGACACGGAGCCGCCCCAGCUAGUAGCAGACCUGCUGCAGAAGCCGAGUGUGGUGGAGAUGGUAGAGCGGGGGGCAUUGUGCGGCACGGGAGGGGCGCUGCUGGACACAGGCAUCUACGUUGUCUGCGGCGACACGUGGCGCGACCUCAUUGGCCUUGCGACCGGCGAGCAUGAUUUGCUGGCAGAGGUGCUGGCCUUUGGUGAGGAGUUGAGUCUAUACGAGGAGCUCGCAUCGGCAUGGGUGCCAGCGCGCCACAAGUGGCUCUCAACUCGACCCAUCGGGUCACACCUGCUGGCCCAUCUCAGCUCCCACUUGCUCUUCCACCACUGCGCAGACGAUCUCUCCUUCCUUCACUUUGGCACAUCAUCCGAGUAUCUGCACCACAUGCGCCUUGCCUACUCUGGGCGAAUGUCGCGCCGCCACCUCAGCGCGGUCCCGGUGCCGACAGAGUGCCACGUGGCGGAAUCCGCAACACUUAUUUCGUCGCUUGUGCGCCCCGGCGCAUGCGUCGGGGAGGGCUCUGUUGUGUCUGACAGCACUUUGGUUGGGGGGACGCGGAUUGGAGAUGGAUGCAUCGUGAUUGGCGUAGACACUGCUGCUGCUGAGUCAGCACAUGCUGAGUCAGCGCGUGCUGAGUCAGCAUCUGCCAAGUCAGCAGCUUUUUCCGAAUCAGCAUCUGCUGAGUCAGCACUCGGUGAAGCUUCCAAUCAUGCAGCCACCAUGCUGCCACCCCACGGACGUACCCCCAUCCCAUCUACCACUUCAAGCUAUCCCGCUCCUCCUCCUCCUCCUCCUCCUCCUCUGGUGCUCCCUAGUCACAUGUGCCUAUGGCAGGUGCCGCUAAAAGGGGGGCGGGAGGUGACCCUGUGCUGUGGCGUGGACGACAACCCUAAGUUGUCCGUUUCUGGGGGAGGCUCCUUCUGUGGCCGCCCCUGGGGGCUGUGGUUAAAGGAGAGAGGGCUCAAAGUGGCGGAUCUAUGGCCAGAAACAGACAACCAAGGCCGCCCAAUUCACCCAAAGCAGGACCUCUGGAGUGCCCUCCUCUUCCCCAUCCUCCCCCAGGGCUCCGGCCUUCCCCUCGCCAUGUGGCUUCUCGGAACCUUCCCUCCCGCUCUCGAUCAAUCUUCCUCUCGCCAUGUGGCUCUCAGCCAACAGCAGGCCGACACGUGGCGCAGAUCUGACCGCACGUCGCUCGCUCUCCUGCACUCCGAGAUCGACUUCCCCGCUCUGCUCGCCUCGGCGUUACACCGCCGGUCCCUGCUGCUCUCUGGUUUCGCGCCUGCUGCUAUAGGCGGCAGCUGUUCACCUGCUGACAGUGGCAGUGCUGGUGAUGCGUCCAGAGGGUGUCUCUUGGGCGCAACGCGCACAGCAUCAGCUAGUGAGGGUGAUGGUGGCUCUAGUGCUGCUAUAGACGGCAGCUGUUCACCUGCUGCUGCUGUUGCUGCUGGUAGCAGCAGUGCUGGUACUGCUGAUGCUUCUAAAGGGUGUCCCUUGGGCGCAACACGCACAGCAUCAGCUAGUCGUGAGGGUGAGGCUACUAUAGGUACCAGUAAGGGUGACGUUACUAGACGACCCCCUGCUUCUGCCACAGACGGAGGGUCCUUGGGGCACAACUUUGCGUCUCUCGCGUCAGCUGCUGCUUGCUGACCUGGUGGACUCACAUAGCAGCAGCGGCUGAAAGGCAUGGUCGAGCCGUUUAGGGUGUAUGGCUGGGCUGUUGCUGAGUGAAGGGGUAUGUAUGAAGGCACUCCACCUCACACUCACAGGGGGGGGAGGAGGGGGGAGGAGAGGGGAGGAGUGGGGAGGAGUGGGGAGGAGUGGGGAGGAGUGGGGAGGAGUGGGGAGGAGUGGGGAGGAGUGGGGAGGAGCGGGGAGGCUGCAGAUGAGAUCAAGCAGAUUUUGAGAGGUAUGGGUGAGCCGAUCUCGACCUCCUAGGGCGCAUUCUCACUUACACCUGGGAUCGGCACCAGGAGCUCGACCCGCACUGUAGCAAUCCACUUGUCGACGCGCUAUUUGCCACCGUGGGGCAUCUUAGUUGCGGUGCGAAGCUGGCAGGGGUGGGAGGGAGGGGCUUUGCCAUGAUCAUGGGGAGAAGCGGGGAGGCGGCAGAUGAGAUCAAGGGGAUCUUGAGAGGGAUGGGUGAGCCGGUUAGGGUGUACGACUGGGGUGUUGCUGUGUGAGGGUGUGUUAAGGCACACCACCUCACACUCACAGGGAGGGGGGAUGCUGUGAUCAUCAAGAAGAGUGGGGAGGCUGCUGUCUAAAGGCAUGGACGGGUGAGCCGGUCAGGGUCGAUGACUGGCUGUUGCUGUGUGAGGAGGGUUCACCUGUGGGAGUUCACCUGGGGGGGGGAGUUGGCUGGGGCAGGAGAGGGGAAUCUGCAAUGGUCAUGGGGAGGAGUGUGGGGAGCAAAGCCCCCGCUCAGGCGGCAGAUGAAAUCAGAGCUGAAAGGCCCUGGCCCUUGCUUUCUAGAUGUGUAUUCUUUCGCAGCAGCCUGCUGCGCUUUAGUUCAUGAUCAACCUGCAAGAAUCGGCCCAAGGAGCUCACACCCGGCUUCAGACACCACUACAAAGAAUUACCGC